AUGCAGUCCAAGAUCAUCCUCGCCUCCCUCGUCGCAGCCGUCUCGGCCAACAACCUCCUCACCAUGCGCCAGGUCGGCAGCCCGCUCGGUGACCUCUCCAAGGAGUGCCAGUCGGACCUCAUGGAGGUGCAGAGCGCCAGCGACCUCCCCGCCGUCCCGACGGCCUUCAUCACCGACGCCCUCCAGGCCGCGAAGACCCUGACCGACCCCUGCGCCUAUACGCCUACCGGCUCCGUCGCCUCCGAGUACACCAGCUUCGUGUCGGCCGCCGAGUCUUGGGCCAGCGCCCACACCAGCAUCGCCUCCAAGAUUGAGAAGGACUGCAACGCUGCCCUCCAGAACAUUGCCAACCUCUGCCCCUCUGGCAGUGCCGGCAAGACCACCUCCGGCUCUGGCUCGAGCGCGUCGGCCACCGACAACGCCUCCAGCUCAGGCGCGUCGGCCACCACCAGCAGCAGCGAUGCCAAGUCGACUUCGGAUGGUAAGACCUCCGCUGCCGCCAACGGCCCCGUCGCCGCCGGUGCCCUCAUGAUUGCUGGUCUCGGUGUCGUUGCCCUGCUGUAA